AACUGAGUACAAAUAUUUACGUUUUGAAGUAGUAAACAUGUUCCGUAUUAGUCGCAACUAUUUAAAUUUUUUCUGCUGUUAUUAAUUAUAUAAAUCCAAUGUUAUUACGAUGUCUUAUUAAAAUUUGAAAUCUUGAAAAAAAAAUGUCUCGAAGUUUGGGCGCUGCAACUGUUCGUUUAGUGGAAAGAACUCGGAAGCUACCUUCGAGAGCUGCUCUUGUUUUAACUCCUGCUGCAGUGAAUCAAAUUAAGAAACUACUUAAACAAAAACCUGAAGCAAUUGGACUCAAAAUAGGUGUUGCUCAACGUGGUUGCAAUGGCUUGAGUUAUACCCUCGAUUAUGUUCAAGAGAAAGGAAAAUUUGACGAAGUUGUAUCACAAGAUGGUGUUAAAAUUCUUAUCGAUGCAAAAGCUCAGAUGACUCUUUUAGGAUCUGAAAUGGAUUUUCUAGAAAGUCCACUAGCCAGUGAAUUUGUAUUCAAUAAUCCUAAUAUUAAAGGGACGUGUGGCUGUGGCGAGAGCUUUACUAUAUAAUAUGCUCUUAAAAGCAUCAAUAUAGAAUGUACUUCUAUAAUAUCUGAUAUAUUUAUUAGAUUUGUGAAAAUGAAUUAUAUUUAUGGGAAAAUGUAUCUUUGACAUUAACAGAAAUAUGUAGCUAAUAAAAAGUGUUGCUUACA